UUCCUGGGGAGGAGGACGAUCCUCUGGUUCCAUCAAGUUACGAAGAUUAUACGUAUUUAUAAUUUAACUUACGAGAUUCUCCGAGAAACACGUAACAGUAUUGUUUGGGAUCAGAGCUCAGCUGAAAGUGACGGGUUGUGAUUCCACUUGUUUGGACGUGCACAGCUUGCCUGCAGUCAAAGUUAGCUGGGAGGCUAAUGCUAAGCUCCUGGAAAUGUUCAAAGCUAAGAUACUCUUUACUGGUCCCAGUGAGAGUGGGAAAACAGUUCUGGCUAAUUUUCUCUCGGACACAGCAGAAAAUGUGGGGGGUGAAUACAGACCUACUCAGGGAGUCAGGAUACUGGAAUUUGAAUCUCAACCUGAAGGCAGUGGUGACAACAAGACAUGUGAGGUGGAGCUCUGGGACUGCUCUGGAGAUUUCAAAUUUGAAUCCUGCUGGCCUGCGCUCAUGAAAGACUCCAGUGGCGUGGUGAUUGUUUUUAAUCCUGACGUUCCGAGCCACCUCAAAGAAAUAGAGACUUGGUAUUCGAUGUUCAUCUCCUCUCAGGGUUUGCUGGACAAUCAGUGCCUGCUCAUAGCUCACCACAAACCCGGCAGCGGAGUAGAAGACGAACGCCUGCCUUUAGCCUCACAUCUGAGCAGACUGUCACUUAUUCACUCCAACCUGGAGGAGGAGCCAGAGGACGUGAGGCAAACCUUCUGCAGAUACUUGGGAAAUGUUGUGAAUGCAAUGUCAGAGAGUCGAGAGCAAGAGGAGAUGUCCAUCAUUACAUAGUACAUUUUAAUGCAGCUUUAUAAAAAAUUUUUAUCUAAGUAAUGUUAAUGAACCAUAACUGUCUUAUAGAUGUGCAUGUAUUUCCAAAUGUAUAUAUUUUACUUCAGGUAGA